CCAACUGUCAUUCAGUGUCAAACUGUUAAGAUUAGCUCAUAAGAAAAAUUUUACCACACACUGUACAUAUAGCAGUUAAGGAAAUUAGCUAAAUGUAGUUUUAACUUAUAUACUAUCUCUGUUUUCAACUACUCUACAAAAAUGCUACAGUUCUGGUCCUCCCCUCUUUGACCUCUUUGAAACUAUCUUUAAAAUGUUUCAACUUCUGCUACUCCACUGUGGAGAUAAAAAUACUAUUUCCUGGGAAUACAGCAGCAAGAUGUUUCGGACAUCUGUGAUUGUGACCUCUUCUUGUUCUUGUUCUGUUUGCCUUGAGUGUUUCUGUGAUGACAUUCAACCAAACUGGCACAGAGGCAAAGAAUCCUACAUAAUGUAUCAUGGCACAACAAUGUUUAAUGCGAUGAGGAUCAUGACCGAGGGCUUCUCUCCUUCCUUUGAUGGCAUGCUGGGCCCAGGAGUCUAUGUCACCCGAAGCUUUGAAAAAGCCUCCCGUUACCCUCUGCAUUCAAAUGGGGAUAUGCUUGCUGUUCUCAGACUCAGCGUAAGAGUGGGAAGAGUGAAGAAAAUUGACUACCAAAGUCAUCCUUUACAGAAGACCUGGCAUGAACAUGGAUAUGACACAGCGUGGGUUCCUCCUAACUGUGGCAUGGUGAACAGUGGCCUAGAGGAGAACUGUGUGUAUGAUCCGAGCCGAAUCACUGUGCUGGAUGUCAUGCCAAACCUCAAAUUCUGGUAGAUUUUGUAUUUGUUUUUUAAUAUCAUACAAAAAGUUUGACCUAACUCCUUAAGUUAUUUGUUUGAUGUUCAUCUUAGCUGUUCUCCAGUUAUUUAGAGGUUCUAGAUGUCUUUUUCACAUGAAGCAUAGAUGCAAUUUUUGCCAAUAAUAAGUUUAUUAUACAAAAUAUAUUUUAUAUAUUUACCAUGUUAUAAUCUCAAUCUUAUAUGAACCAUUAAACAAUUCAUUUAAAUUGUUACAGUAAUAAUUUUUUUUUAAAUGUCAAAACAAUGUUAAACUAAAGGAACCAAAUGGCACAGACUGUACAAAAAAAAAAAAAACUUUGCAUUUGAAUAAUCUCAUGUUGAUAAAAACGUAAGAAGGUGAUAAAACGUAAGAAAUAUUAGUGCGUAGAAUUGUUUUCAUAUCAUUCUUAUUUGACAUAGUUUAACAAGUUUAACAAAACAAACAAACACACAUACCAAUUAAUCCUCCACCAAAGCUGUCUUUUAUGGUGUCUCAGGUAAGUCUCUGCUCUGAGUGUGUUUUGAGGGAGGAGUGGCUUUGAAAGGAGGCGUGGCUUUGCAGAGUGCAAGGAGGGUGGGGAUCUGGCUUUCCAAGCUAACUUGCUAUUGCUAGCCUUUCCAAAAUCGCCUACCCUACCUUUAAAUGUAAAACAAAAAUGAUGAAGUACUGAAAAAUGGCUUUCAAAGCUAACUUGCUAUUACUAGCCUUUCCAAAAAAUGUGUACCCUACCUUUAAAUGUAACAUAGUAAUGAUGAAGUAUUGGAAAAUGUGAAUGACAGGCGUUUUUUUUGCCCUGGUUUGUCCUAUUAUAAUGAUUAUUCAAACAAUAAAUAGCACUGAAUGUCUAUGCUCAGUUUUUAGAUUUGGGUUUUGCCUGUUCAAACUGCAUUUGUAGUUAAGAGUUGUAACAAACAUGAAAACCAGAGAGAUGUCUAUGUGUGACAAAACAAGCAAUUGAAGCUGAGAGAAGGAGGAAAAUCAAUAGCCAUUACAACUAUCUGGAAUGUCCUGAAGAAGAAAGAAGCCACUGGUGUAACAGUCAGUGAACAGGUAGGCCAAGGAAAACAACUGCAGCUGAUGACAGAAACAUUGUGAGGGCUGUCAGGAAAACCCCUAAAACAGCUGUAAGUGAGAUCCUCAACAACUUCUUGAGAGCUGGAUUAAAGGUAUUACAAUCGACUUUUCAAAGAAGACCUCAUGAUCACAGGUACAGAGGCUACACCAGAAGAUGGAAACCACUCAUUAGCAAGAAGAACAGGAAGGACAAGCUGGAAUUUGCUAAAAAGUACAGAGAUGAGCCUCAAAAAUUGUGGGACAAAGUUUUAUGGACUGAUGAGACAAAAACAAACCUUUACCAAAGUGAAAGCGUAAAGGGUAAAGUUUGGUGAAAGAAAGGAUCUGCUCAUGAUCCCAAACAUACAAGCUCGUCUGUGAAAGCCGGAAAAAGCAGUACAAAAGAAGAAUGUCAGCAGGAAUGAGAAUUCAAAGUCAAAGUCAAGUAAACAGGCUUGGACUUAUCUGUCUCUUCUCAGACUGGUAUAGUGUGCAUAUUAAGUUUACACACUUCAAUAAUAAUCAUUUGUAUUUAGGCGAAAAAAAUGUCAGUGUCUGUGUAAGCUAGAUGUCAGUGUCUGUGGUGCCUUACAGUAUGUUAAAGGAGUUAACUACAUUCUUAACGCACCCACCCACACACGUGGAUCCACCUACAUUAUAAACUAAAAGUGAAACCAAAGUUCUUUUGAAAAGUGUUCCCAAAGACUAUCAGCAGCAAAAGAUUCAGUAGAAGGUAAGUCACAUUAAAAUAAAGAAAUGUAUUAAUUUCAUCUAAAUUUUGAGAUCUGAAU